AUGAGUGGGCUACGGGGCGCCAGGACCUGCCCAGGUCGGGGAGAAGCCUCCGACCUUAAGUCCCCCCUGGGCGCCAAGUUCAGGGAACCUCUCACCGAGACCCGGUUCCAGCAGCUCUUCGGAGACGCAGAGCAGGAGGCCGAGCUGCUCGCGGAGCCGCUCUGGUCCCGGCUGUGGCGGCGGCGGGCCCGCGCCUGCUCCGGCCCGGGGGCGUGGCGCCUGCUGCUGGAGCGGCUGCCCCCGCUGCGCUGGCUGCCCCACUACCGCUGGCGGGCCUGGCUGCUCGGGGACGCGGUGGCCGGACUGACCGUGGGCAUCGUGCACGUGCCCCAGGGCAUGGCUUUCGCCCUCCUGACCUCUGUGCCCCCAGUGUUCGGACUCUACACUUCUUUCUUUCCCGUCCUCAUCUACACCUUGUUGGGUACUGGGAGACACCUGUCUACUGGAACUUUCGCUGUCCUCAGCCUCAUGACGGGCUCGGCCGUGGAGCGGCUGGUGCCCGAACCCCUCUCGGGGAACCUGAGCGGAAUUGAGAGGGAGCAGUUGGAUGCUCAGCGGGUUGGUGCGGCUGCGGCAGUGGCCUUCGGGAGCGGGGCCCUGAUGCUGGGGAUGUUCGCCCUGCAGCUGGGCGUCCUGGCCACCUUCUUGUCGGAGCCUGUCGUCAAAGCGCUGACCAGCGGGGCCGCCCUGCACGUGCUGGUGUCCCAGCUGCCUAGUCUUUUGGGGGUGCCCCUCCCACGGCAGAUUGGCUGCUUCGCUCUUUUCAAGACAUUGGCCGCCGUGAUGACGGCGCUGCCCCGGAGCAGUCCCGCCGAACUGACCAUCUCGGCGCUCAGCCUGGCGCUGCUCGUGCCGGUCAAGGAACUGAACGUGAGAUUCAGAGACAGGCUCCCCACCCCCAUCCCGGGGGAAAUCGCCAUGGUGCUUCUGGCCUCUGUGCUCUGCUUCACCUCUUCCCUGGACACAAGAUACAAUGUCCAGAUAAUUGGGUUGCUGCCCAGAGGAUUUCCCCAACCUCUCCUCCCCAGCCUGGCUGAGCUGCCCAGGGUGCUGGCCGACUCGUUGCCCACGGCACUGGUCACCUUCGCGGUGUCGGCCUCCCUGGCCUCCAUCUAUGCCGACAAGUACAACUACACUAUUGACUCCAACCAGGAGCUCCUGGCGCAUGGUGUCUCCAACCUCGUCUCCUCCCUCUUCUCUUGCUUCCCCAACUCUGCCACGUUGGCUACGACCAGCCUCCUGGUGGACGCUGGUGGGAACACACAGCUGGCGGGCCUCUUCUCCUGCCUCGUCGUGCUGUCCGUGCUGCUGUGGCUGGGGCCCCUCUUCUACUACCUGCCCAAGGCUGUCUUGGCCUGCAUCAACAUCUCCAGCAUGCGCCAGAUGUUCUUCCAGAUGCGAGAACUCCCUCAGCUGUGGCGCACCAGCCGCGUGGACUUUGCUGUGUGGACGGUCACAUGGGUGGCUGUCGUGACCCUGAGUGUGGACCUGGGCCUGGCUGUAGGCGUGGUCUUCUCCAUGAUGACUGUGGUCUGCCGCACCCAGAGGGUACAGUGCCUGGCACUUGGACUGGCUGAGGGGACAGAGCUCUACAGGCCACUCAGAGAGAGCCACAAGCUCCUCCAGGUUCCGGGGCUCUGCAUCCUGAGCUAUCCAGCACCGCUCUACUUUGGGACCCGGGGGCAGUUUCGCCGCAUUCUGGACUGGCAUCUGGGGCUUGGAGAAGGAGGCAAGGGGGCUCCAAAGACAGACGGCCCACCUGGUGCAGCUGCCGAGCCUGUCAGGGUGGCGGUCCUAGACUGCAGUGGUGUCACCUUUGCAGACGCUGCAGGGGCCAGAGAGGUGGUUCAGCUGGCCAGUCGGUGCCGAGACGCUGGGAUCCACCUCCUCCUGGCUCAGUGUAAUGCCUCAGUGCGGGGGACGCUGACCCAGGCAGGACUCCUGGACAGAGUGACCCCAGAGCAGCUGUUUGUGAGUGUCCAGGAUGCAGCUGCGCACGCCCUGGAGAGGCUGGAGCUCAGUGGUCCAAAGACUUGCACAGUGUGGGUCUGACCCGGUCAUCUGGUGUGUGGAGGGCCCCAGCGAGACAUGUGUGAGGCGGGCCACGGCCCCUGAGUCCCCUGACGUCAUGUAACUAAUAAAAUGAAGCUGAGAGCC